AGUGGAGCAAAAACAGAAAAUAAAAUGGCGCCACCGCAUUUUCUACUGGUAACGUUGCCGGCGCAAGGUCAUGUGAACCCAUCUCUCCGUUUCGCUCGUCGGCUCAUCAGAACCACCGGUGCACGUGUCACUUUCGUCACGUGUAUCUCCAUCUUCCACUGCUCAAGAAUCCCAAACCACCACAACAUCGACAAUCUUUCUUUCCUUACUUUCUCCGAUGGGUUCGACGACGGAGUCAUCUCCACCACCGACGACGUCCAAAACCGGUUACUGAACCUCAAACGUAACGGCGAUAAAACGCUAUCGGAGUUCAUCGAAGCUAAUCGAAACGGAGACUCUCCCGUGACUUGCUUGAUCUACACGAUUCUUCCAAGUUGGGUUCCAAAACUAGCACGUAGGUUUCACCUUCCCUCUGUUCUUCUUUGGAUCCAACCCGCUUUGGUUUUCCACGUUUAUUACAAUCACUUAAGCGUAAACAGCUCCGGUUUCGAGUUCCCGAAUCUUCCCAUUCUUAAAAUCCGCGAUCUUCCUUCUUUCAUCUCACCUUCCAACACAAACAAAAAUGCACAAGCAGUGUAUGUAGAACUAAUGGAGUUUCUCAAAGAAGAAUCAAACCUGAGAGUUCUCUUCAACACAUUCGAUUCUCUAGAGCCAGAGGCCUUAACAGCUAUCCAAAAUAUCGAAAUGGUGGCAGUUGGUCCUUUACUUCCAGAAGAUAUUUUCAAAGGAAGCAAAUCUGUUAAAGAUCAAAGUAGUUACACACUUUGGCUAGACUCGAAAACAGAGUCCUCUGUUAUUUAUGUUUCUUUUGGAACAAUGGUUGAGUUGUCUAAGAAACAAAUAGAGGAACUAGCGAGAGCACUCAUAGAUGGGAAGAGACCUUUCUUGUGGGUUAUAACUGAAAAAUCCAACAGAGAAGCAAAAAUAGAAGGAGAGGACGAGACAGAGAUUGAGAAGAUAGCUGAGUUCAAACACGAGCUCGAAGAGGUUGGUAUGAUUGUGUCUUGGUGUUCGCAGGUGGAGGUUUUAAGACACCAAGCCAUAGGUUGUUUCGUGAAUCACUGUGGGUGGAGCUCGACGCUUGAGAGUUUGGUUCUAGGCGUUCCGGUGGUGGCGUUUCCGAUGUGGUCGGAUCAACCUACGAACGCGAAGCUUCUAGAGGAAAAGUGGAAGACAGGUGUGAAGGUGAGAGAGAAUGAGGAAGGUUUGGUAGAGAGAGGAGAGAUAAGGAGGUGUUUGGAAGCAGUAAUGGUGGAGAAAGCUGAGGAGCUGAAGGUAAACGCCGAGAAAUGGAAGCGUUUAGCGGUUGAAGCGGGUAAGGAAGAAGGGUCAUCAGAUAAGAACUUGGUGGCUUUUGUGGACUCUGUUUUAAGGUUGUGUAAAACAGAGGAGGCAAUGUAA